AUGGCCUUUUCCUUUCCACCACAAUCCUUCGUUGUCUGGGGAGUCAUCCUCUCGCUCCUGCAUCUCAUCGCGAUUGGGUCGACGGUAUUCCGGAUUGUUCACCGCUAUCGAACGAAGAAGUUAUGGUGGGAUGACUACCUGGCCUUCAUCCCCCUCACCAUGGACUGCGCACUCUUCAUCCAGCUCUGGUGCAGGUUUUCUCGUAAAUUCGUGUCGAGAGACCGAAUGAUAGAGUCCUUCUGGCUGGCGUCAUUCCUAUUCCUCUCCGUAGUGUGGUUCUCUCGAAUGAGCCUCUCGCUCUCAGUGGCACGCAUUUUCCCUCAACGACACAAAGCCCGACGUGGCGGCUUCAUUCUCGCUGUCACCUUUUUGCUUUAUGCUGGGUCUAUAAUACUUGUGACGCUGACGUGCCGCGGCGGUGGGCGGACGUGGUAUCGAAUGGAGAGCAAGCAUUGUUUGAGGACACGAACUGGGCAUUAUAUCGGUGGCUUGACCGCGACAGCACUCGAUAUAGCUGCAGAUGCCGCACUCAUCGUGUACCCGCUCUACGUGUUUUGGCGCGUCAGACUACCAAGAAACCAAAAGCGGCUUGUCCUAGUCGUUUCCUGCGCUAGCGGCCUGACUCUUCUGUCCGCCGUUCUGCUCUGUAUAUUUUGGUACGGUGGUAUCAAUAUGGGCCCGCAUGGAUCUUUGCUUCGCUCCGUUACUGCGCAGAUUGAAGCGACUAUCUCACUAAUAGUAUGCAACCUCCUCGUCGUGACAAUGUUCUUCUACCGUCUAUGCAGAAGAAUUCACAAUAUUGAGGACAGCAGCGGAGAAGGCAGCGACGACUCGGAGAUGUGUUCGACGCGAAGCGUGCAGCCUAAAGAGACGUCCUAUAUCUCCUCGUUGACGGACGUCCAGACAAGCGGAGAUAAUGCCGGGCGCCAAUUGGGAAUGGGGGACCUAAGCCUUCGGUAUUCAGCUCCGUUCUCAUCAGCCACGCCUUCCACGCCUCCUUGA